GACUUUGUACCUCUGAGGUUGAUGGUGUAACUUUCAUUGUAGUAAAAACUAACGUAAUCACCUCAGGGUCUAGGCAGGAAAAUAUCUUAAGCUGUCAAAUAUAACAAAUGAUUACAUCUCUUUUCAAAGCUCUCCUCUUACUUAGACGCACAAUCACACAGUGACACAAUCAAGUUUACACAGAAUAUAAUGGGACUUUGACCUCCAUCUGCAUUUCGACAGCCUGAGGAAUCCUGGGAAAAUAAGAUUCAAAGGACAUGUUGUAGCUUCUCCUGUCGUUGGCGUCAGCGGUGCAGGACAGGCUGCGAUCAGCCCACGUCGAGCCCGGAGACCUGGCUGCUGGAGGUGAACGAUGGCUUCAAAGUAACCAAAGAGUACUGUGGAAACCACUGCUGGUCAACAUGGAGCCUCCAGAGAAAGGCCAGAGGAGCCGGGCUGCAGCAGAACCGCCUGCGGCCCCAGACGGGGGCUACGCCUGGUUCAUCCUGCUCUCCUGCUUCUUCGUUUUUGGCCUGACCUUCGGUGUGAUUAAGUCCUUUGGCGUUCUGUACGUCGAAAUUCAGCAGCACUUUGAAACCACCGCAGCAGGAACGUCGUGGAUCACCUCCAUCACCGUGGCGACCGUUCACAUCGCAGCCCCCGUAGCCUCUGCUCUGAGCGCACGCUUCAGCCAUCGCUCGGUGGUCAUGGUGGGGGGGCUGAUAUGCAGUGCAGCCGUCGUGUUUGGAGCUUUGGCCCGCAGUCUCACUGAUCUCUACAUCACUGUCGGGUUCCUGAACGGGCUCGGCUACGCUCUGACCUGGACCCCCACCGUCACCAUGCUGGGCCUGUACUUUGAGAAGAAGCGGCCGGUGGCCAACGCCUUGGCCAGUGCUGGAGAAUGCAUCCUCACCUUCAGCCUCACGCCGCUCUUCCAGCUGCUGAUCGACUGCUUCUCCUGGAGAGGCGCUCUGCUCAUCCUGGGCGGGUUGCAGCUUCACCUGUGUGUGUGCGGCCUGCUGCUGCGGCCCAUCAGGACUCCAGGAGCCGCCGCCUCCAUCCGCAGAGUCUCAGAGGAGGAGGGCGGCUUCCAGAAGGACGACUGGCAUGAAACCAAGCCGAGCUUUCAGAUGGAGAGCGAACUGAACAUAUUGGAGAUGUCUGAGCAGGAGACGGUUAAAGAUUGUGUGGAAGAACCCGAUGAGACGUCUAGUUUGACCCAAAGCUCUACCAGCAGUCCACAGAAGACCAAGCUGAGGACCAGAGUUCAGCACUAUGUAGAUUACACCCUGAUCACAAACGGCAGGUUCAUGGUCUACUCCAUGUUCGGCGUGUUCGCCGCCCUGGGGUUCUUCGCCCCGUCUCUCUUCCUGGUUCCUUACGCUCGCAGCAAAGGGAUCAAAGAGUACCAGGCGGCGUCCCUGCUGUCCAUCUCUGCCGUGCUGGACCUGGUUGGAAGAGUGUUCUUUGGCUGGGUGGCGAACCUGAGACUGAUUGAGACGGUUCAGCAGCUGACGGCCACGGUGAUUCUGCUCGGUACCGUUUUACUCCUCUGCCCUCUGGCCUCGACCUUCUCGGAGCUGGUGGCGUUCAGCGCCGCCCACGGCCUGGUGUACGGCGCCACGGUCGCCAUCCACAUCACGGUGCUGCCGGAGGUGGUGGGGGUGGAGCGGCUGGGAAGCGCUCUGGGCUUCUUCAUGCUCAUACGCAGCAGCGGAGGCCUGCUCGGACCGCCCAUCGCCGGUUUCUUUAUAGACAAGAUGGACAAUUAUGGGACAGGCUUCCUCAUGUCCGGAGUGGCCCUCAUCGUCUCCGCUUUGUUCCUCCUCAUCCUCCACCAGAUGAACCGAAGGGUUCAGGGAGCAGCCACCACCACCAAUACUGCUCACAAACAGAAAAAGAGUGAGACAAAGUGUCCCUGAUGAAAUAAAAUAAAAACAGACGGUAUGUUUGGCGCUAAUCUGGAUCCGAGUAUGACCCGCUUUAAGGGUAGCAGAGGUUAGAGUCCAGCAAAUCAGGUCAUGUUGGACAUAAUCUGCAGGAUCAUCUCUGCACCAUCAGUUUGAAACACAAAGGAGAAAAUAAAUACUUAGUAAAUGUUCAGUGGAUACAAACAAACUUAGCACAAAACCCGAGGAUGUUCCAGUUUGGCUGUUUGUUUUUUCAGCAAUGUUUAGCAAAAUAUUCCAAACUAGAAAUAAUUUAUUUGGCUCACGUUCAACUCUGCUGUUCCACCCACCAAUAAAUUGGUAUCAUUUAAAUAAAUACAUAUAGUAUAAAUAUAUACAGGCUAUGUGUAAGAUUUAUUGUUACAAUAAAAAAAAAUCGACCAAACAUGAACCUUAAUUUUUAUGUGACUAAAGUAAUAAAUGAACUGUUUCUAAACGUAAAAUCUGAUGUUUACCUAUUUUUUACUGUCAGUUUAUUUUAAACAACCCAGGUUGUUAUAUUAGAUGUAAAAUUGAACUGCAGAUCCUGAAAAACCUGUUUUAUUUAAAAAAAAAAGUGUUUUAUGUUUUUUUUUUAAAGCAUGUUUUGUUUUCUGUUCAUUUCAUUAAAGUUAUUCGCUGUUACUGAA